AUGCCUGAGAUCGCAGAAGUCGCGCGCAUAGUACAUUACAUCCGGAAACUGCUGGUCGGCAAGACAAUCGCCAAAGCCACCGCCACCGACGAUGCCAACGUCUACGGCAAGGUGGGCACGUCGGCCGCCGAGUUCGAGACACACAUGGCUGGGAAAAAGAUUGUCGAUGCCGGACAGCAGGGCAAAUACUUCUGGAUGAUCAUGUCGAGUCCCCCGCACCCGGUAAUGCAUUUCGGGAUGACGGGGUGGUUGAAAUUCAAGUCCGAACACACCUACUACUACCAGCCGCAAGAGGGCAAGAAGGACGAAACCUGGCCUCCAAAGUUUGUCAAGUUCAUGCUCGAGACCAAGGCCGAGGAUGGAGAAGAGGCCAUCGAGGCAGCUUUUGUGGAUAUGAGGAGACUCGCCCGCGUGAGGCUCGUCGACUGUCCUGCUGCCGAGAUACGAAAUAACUCGCCGUUGGUCGAGAACGGACCGGACCCGGUCAUCGACAAAGACAUCGUCACCGUUGAGUGGCUCAAGAAAAAGUGCAGAUCCAAAAAGUGCCCCAUCAAGGCCAUGCUGCUGGAUCAGGCCAACAUCAGUGGCAUCGGCAACUGGGUCGGCGAUGAGAUCAUGUACAAUGCAAAGAUCCACCCUGAGCAAUAUGCGAAUACUUUGAGUGAUGAACAGAUUGCACAGCUCCACAAAUCGAUCCAUUACAUCUGCAGCACCUCGGUGGAGCUUCUCGCUGACUCUGAGAAGUUCCCCGAGGACUGGCUGUUCAAGCACCGAUGGGGUAAAGGCAAAAAGGGCGCCUCACAUACUUUGCCCAAUGGCGAAAAGAUCGCAUUUCUUACAGUGGGCGGACGGACCAGUGCCGUGGUGCCGUCAAUACAGAAGAAGACGGGACCUGUCGCGAAAGAGAUGAGUGAAGCUGAGGGUCUCGACGAUGAGGAUGGAGACCCACCGAAGAAGUCCAAGGGUACAAAGCGCAAGGUCGCCAAAGAACACGAUGAUGACGAAGUCGAACCCAAGAAAUCCAAGGGGCAGAAACGCAAGGCUCUUGUGAAGAUGGAGGAAGACGACGACGACGACAACGACGAUGAAGACGAGGAAGAGGAAGAGGAAGUGAUGCCGAAGAAAACGACUGCCAGGGGAAAGAAGGUUCAAGCAAACCAAGAACCCCACCAGGAAGAGACAAAGCCUGUAGUCAACGGAGCUGUUAAACCGACGACGAAGGCAAAAGCGGCCAGCAAAGGCUCAGCAAACAAGGCAGAGGUCAAGUCAGUCAAACCAAAACCAGAGAAGGCCUUGAUUUCCCGCGAAGAAGACGGUCAGGUCGAUUAA